AUGUGUAACUUCUUCAAAGCUGCAAUUUCGCAGCCGAUAUACUUCCCACCGGAAGCCGGUCUUCCUCUUGGUGGUGAAAAUGGGAAAGAUUAUGUCAAGGUGGAGAUUCACUACAACAAUCCCGGCCUAAUAGCAGGCGUGUAUGACAAUUCUGGCUUUGAGAUUGUUGUCACUACAGACCUCAGACAGUUUGACGCGGGCAUAAUGGAGAUUGGUCUCAUUUACUCCGAUGCAAACUCUAUUCCUCCGGGUCAAAGUGCAUUUCCACUGACAGGACAUUGUGUUGCGGAUUGCACAAGCAAGGUGAGCGCAUUCUUGUUCACUAAGGAAUAA